ACACCGUCCGGUAAACAUAACUUCCGGAUUUGCCACAUCAACAUGGAAGCACUGUACAGCAUUCCUUUCACGCUUUUAGAAGUCCCUCACUUGAAACUUAAGAGGCCGACAUGGAUAAAACAGCCAUCUGCAAUGACCAUGUUUGCUUUUGUUCUGCUGUCAUAUUUCCUUGUUACCGGAGGUAUUAUUUAUGAUGUGAUAGUGGAACCACCCAGUAUUGGCUCAACAACAGAUGAAAAAGGAAACUCAAAACCAGUAGCCUUUAUGCCAUACCGGGUGAAUGGCCAGUAUAUAAUGGAGGGCCUGGCGGCCAGUUUUCUAUUCACACUUGGAGGCCUGGGGUUUGUCAUCCUGGACAGAACCAACGCUCCAAUAAUGCCUAAGCUAAACAGAGUUCUGAUGUUUUGUGUAGGGUUUGCCUCCAUUCUCAUCUCAUUCUUCAUGUGCCGAGUGUUCAUGCGAAUGAAGCUGCCGGGGUAUUUGCAGGCAUAGAGAAGAAAUCCAUCUGACACAUACCAUCACGUGUGGACAUUAUCUUACAGAAAUAAAUAUUUUCAUUUUGCUGUAAAAAAAAGUUUUCAUGACAAAAAAGGUUAAUAUUUUAAAUUUAGCUUGUAGAUGAAAUGACCCUGUUUUUAGUUACUUUAUGUGAUGUAAUUGCAUGAUUUACCAUGUGUAUUAAUGAAGUCAGAAAGAGAUAAUAUAUGUAUAAUUGAUCAUAAAUGCACAGUUCUUAUCAAUGUUAAAUUGUAAAACAGUUUGAACACAUUCAUCAAUAAUACAGUUUGUUUUAGAAAAAUGUAAAACACAUGUAAAUCUGUACAAUAAUUACGUUUAAUUUUGGUUAUGCAUUUACAGACUUGCCUAAGUUCGUCUUUGCAAGGAAUCAUGCUUGUACACAUUGAAAAUUGACAUUUCUCAUUGUGAUUGUCAGUAAUCGAAUUGUUACAAAUGUUUAACCCUUUGAGCGCUGGAACCGGAUUUUGAAGGCCUUUGCAAACAGUUUGGAUCCAGAUGAGACGCCACAGAACGUGGCGUCUCAUCAGGAUCCAAACUGUUUGCUAUUCUGAUAGUAUUCUUUGAAAAAAAGUGAAGAAAAUGAUGAUUUUAGAAAUUCAGCAGACGACAUUUUAGCAGAUGACAAAUUUCCCAGCAUGCAAAGGGUUAAGAGCACUUGCUUUUGUGGAUGUGUUUGUAUAAGAGUGUUGUGCACACAUAUUUUAUUUAAAAAAUAAACUUACUGAUUUUA